AUGUGUUGGUCCAUGAAAAGUUCAUUCCUCUUCUCUUGUUUGGGGUUAGUCAUGACCCUUGAUCAAGUGAGAAGAUUCCUCCAACUCGUUCCCUCGAAAUCUCAAUCUUCCAACAUGUACAAAUUCAAAAAGGCUGCUCUCUUUUCCCAAAUUCUUCUCUACCUCACGUACUUUUUAAUGGAGAGUUUGCAAUUUACUCAGUACUAUUUCGGCUUGACCGAUUCAUGCCAUACGCAGAGUAAUAAGAUACUCACCAUCAUGGCUCAUGUCUUGAUUUGGGGACAACCACUCGCACAAAAUUAUUGGUGUUUGAAGAAUACAUUGAAAGGAAAGACUUUGUACCGAUUUACAUUGGUAGCUUCUUUCUUGUGCUUGAUCGUUUCUUCGAUAUCUUUGUAUUUGGGUUAUAAUGGUAUGAUGGGCCAUCCUGAGGCUACCAACAUCUCUGCUCAAGCCUCUUCAUCCUCUAAACUUGAAAUAACUUCAGAUGCUUACGGAACUGAAAGUCAAGUCAACCACGUACCAUUGCAAAAUAUUGGUACUUCCCUUUGCUCUUAUCAAGGCCCUAAUCAUUUGUAUUGGAUGUUCCCUUAUCAUCAAUUGUAUGGCUAUGCUCCUCAUUGGUUUACCUGGCUUCUCAUUACAGUGUUGCCUCACUUCUUUCGUUAUCAACCCGUUGAUGACUGGUUCAUGUCCAAUUAUAUUAUGGGCUUUGGAAUAUUCUCAGGUUGGGUAUUGAGUGUGAUUAUUUCCUUGAAUUUUGGAGUAUUCCAUGAAAUUUGGUCUUAUUGGUGUUUGGAGAGUGUGCCUUACCUUGUUUUACCUUACUUGUAUAGAAUUAUUUGGAGAGGAAUCAUUGGAGGCCCUGAUCCCAAACAUGGUGCUGCUAAUGAACUCCUUCAAAAAGAAAAACUUCAAUAA